GUUGUCCCACCGCCCAACUUUCUUUUCCACCUAGGUACUCUUUCAAAGUAAACAAUCCUUUCUACAGAAGAAGAUUCACCUACAUCCACCGUCACAAUGCAAAUUCCAUUGAUGAGGCUCCAAUGUGGAGUCAACAGCUACGACUGGGGAAAGGUUGGCAAGGAUUCGGCAGCUGCCAAAUUCGCUGCUGCAACCCCUGCUGAUGAUUUCUCGAUCCAAGAAGACAAGCCAUACGCAGAGUUGUGGAUGGGAACGCAUCCCUCGAAUCCCUCCAAAGAUGUCACCACGAAACGUACCCUGCUGGACCUCGUCCAAGACAACCAAGCCCUCCUCUCCACAGAAAUCGGCGAGAAGUUUGGUCACAAGUUGCCUUUCUUAUUCAAAGUCUUAUCAAUUGGCAAGGCUCUUAGCAUCCAAGCACACCCCAACAAGAAGCUGGCGGAAAAGCUACAUGCAAAGGACAGCAAGAAUUAUCCAGACGACAAUCACAAGCCAGAGAUGACAAUUGCGAUUACUCCUUUCGACGGACUUUGUGGCUUCCGACCUUUGGCAGAGAUAUCACAUUUCCUGUCCACUGUACCGUCACUGAAAAAGUUGGUGGGCGAAGGAGAAUCAGAUGCAUUUAUUUCAGCAGUGAAAGGGCAUGAUACUUCAGACAAGGAAGAGGAUGAAACAGCGAACAAGAAGGCGCUGCAGCAAGCUUUUGCUGGUCUGAUGAACUCUAAGAAGGAAGAUGUUCAAUCGGCGAGUAAAGAGUUGGUAGCCUCUGCCGAAAAAGAAGGACCAGAAUUUGCAGGAGGUGGUGUAUCUGCUACGCCUGGAAAAGAGCUGGCAGAUUUGGUCGUCCGAUUAAACAAGCAAUUCCCUGAAGAUAUCGGAUUGUUCGUUUUCUUCUUUCUCAACUACGUCAAGCUCGAGGUCGGCGAGGCUAUGUUCUUGAAGGCAGACGAUAUCCAUGCAUACCUCAGCGGAGAUAUCAUCGAGUGUAUGGCGGCUUCAGACAAUGUGGUACGAGCUGGAUUCACACCAAAGUUCAAGGAUGUGGAUACGUUGGUGGACAUGCUCACAUACUCGUACGCCCCGAUCGAGGAACAGAAAAUGGAUCCUGUCGAUUACCCGUACGUGGCACUGAAUGCAACUGCCUACUCGUCUGCCUCUUCAGCGACAUUAUACGACCCUCCUAUUGAAGAGUUCAGCGUGGUCAAGACGGAUCUCAAGAAGAAGGGUGCGAAGGCCACAUUCGAGCAAAUCGCUGGACCAAGUAUCUUCAUCUGCACGUCAGGUAGUGGCAAGAUCAGCGUUGGGCCAAAAGUGGAAGAAGUGAAAGCUGGAUAUGUUUACUUUGUUGGUGCGACGGCUGAGGUUGUGCUUGAAAGUGAGAGUGAAGAUUUCACCACUUUCAAGGCAUUUUGCGAGUUGCAAGGAAAGGAAGAUGGAAAGGAGAAGUUAUGAAAGAACACAUACCAGAAAUGCAUAGCAUGCAGCAUGAAGUUAUCAGGGUCCUUUUCAUUUGCAGUAGCGGCAAUGUUGAGUCUCUCUCGCAAGAUCUCUCCGCCUCUCGGUUCUUUGGUGGCCUCUGACUGCUGACAUCCUUA